AUGAAGACUGCCAAACAACCUCCAGUCGAUCUGGCAUCGAGUCGCAGAGCCCAGCCUCUUCGACAGACACGAAACAAUCCUCCUAGAUCCUCAAUCUCUGGCACUCGCAACUUUGGUUCCAGAAGCUCACUUGGUGGAGGCAUGGAAGAAGCGCCCAUGGACAUCUUCCCCGCGAUCACACAUUUCGCCGACGCCAUAACUGCACUACCCAAGGAGCUUGUUCGACACUUCACACUCCUCAAAGAAGUCGAUGCGAAGAUCUUUGCGCCAGAGGAGGAACUUGGAAAGCUCGUCGAAGCUGCGUUGAGCGCCCCUCCCCCUCGACCCCAACAAGCCGAACGACAUCUUGCUCUCGGUCCAACAUCUGCUCCUAUGAGCGCACACGGAAGUCUCAAUGGCUCUGUCAUAAACGGAAAUGCUGGGUCAGUAAACUCUCCUGCUGAGGCCGAGGCUAUGAAUGUGUGGGAUCCGGAAAAUAUUCCCCGACGACAACUCUUCCAGCAUUGCGCGUACACGAUGCAAAAUAUGCUGGUAUCGCUGGAUGAGAAGAACCAUGUCAUAUCCACGGCUAGCGAAGCUUUGAAUAAACAACUCGCGCGCAUUGACGAAUGUUUCCCUUAUAUUGAGCUCGAGAUUAGUGAGGAGGCACGGUAUGGCAGCGCUACACAUUGGGCAUAUCCUGAGAAUCGACAACCGAAAGCGCCUGCUGGUGUAUCAAGAAGAGAAAUCGCUGCGGCGAAUAGCUUGUCUGCGGCUGCUCAGCAGAUCGCAGAGGAAGCCGCCGCGAGGAGCGACGCGCGAAAGCAAGCUAUCCUCGAGAGAAGGAAGGGUAAGAACCAACAAGCCGAAUCCGACUUUGAUGAGGAGAGGUAUAAGGAGAAGAAGGUCCACGGAAAUACCAAGGGCCGGAAAGUUACUGACUCGGUUGGGCUGGGAAUUGCAAAUGGGGCCAGCAAUCCUCCUAAGCGUCGCAAAGUCGAGAAAGGACCAGCUGGCGGUGUAGUCAUGGAGAAAUCACUCAGUGCAGUGUUUGGUAAUGGCACAGCGAAAGGAAAGGCAGCAAGUCCUAGAGAGACGCCGGUACCUGAAGCCAAAAAGAGAUCGAGAGCUACAGCUACGAAUGGACAGUCAAGAAAGAGAAAUAAUACCGUUACCUCUGCGAUGUCUCCCUCUUUGGCCUCUUCUCCGAUACGAAGCACGUUCCCAGAACUCAAGACGAAGGGUUCUCCACCACCUCCAAAUGGCAGGCCUGCGGCGAGAGGAAGACAGAACUCUGCACAGUCAACGAUAGAGAAGAGACCACAAUCAUCUGCGUCUAACAAACCGAAUGGAACGAAUACGCCAGAUCUGGUGACAGCCGCUGCGAUUACAGGGCGAACUGUUCCCGAAGUGAAGGCUACAAUGAAAGAAACGGCAAACAACUCCAAGGAACAUCUCCUCGAAGACAUCGAACGAGAGGAGCCCGGUUUAAUAGGUGGGGUCGUCGUGGGAAAUCGCAAAGACAGCGUUGCUAAAGAAGAGAAUCCGGAGCCCAUGCAAGGCAUACAAUUAACAACCAUCACGACGAAGAGCGGCAGAGCCAGCAAGCCCUCCACACCAGCUAUACCACAAUUUCCCGAGCCAGUCCAAAGAUCUCGUUCCUCUCGCGCAGUCGAAACUUCGAGUUCGAAACGCAGCCACAAGAAAGGCGCCGGUCAAGCAGCUCAACUCGCGGCGCAGCAAACGCAGAACGGAGACGACGAGCGGACGCCGGAUGUUGUGGACGAGGAUGAGGAGAUGGAGGUUGGAGAAGAUGAACCCACAUAUUGUUAUUGUAAUAAUGUAAGCUACGGUGAGAUGGUUGGCUGUGACUCGGAUACUUGCGAGCGUGAAUGGUUUCAUCUCGAGUGUGUUGGUUUGAAGGUUGCGCCUGUUGGGAAGGCGAAAUGGUAUUGCGACGACUGCAAAGAGAAAAUGAAGCAGAAGCGUUUCAGUACUCGUUAG